AUGUGCUUGUUCGGAAUUGAAAAGAUUACUCAAGGAAUUGCCUCUUAUUGUUCAUCGUUGAAUGAUGUGAGAGCUGUGGGCAGUGUUUGUAAAUCGAGUCAUCAAGCAGUGUUUGUAUCUAGUGGAUCGGAGAGUGUUAUUUGGAAAGUACAGUAUGAUAGAAUUUCCAAGAAGGCUUCAUCAUUGCCAUCAUCAUCGGGUAAUAAUGAAACAUUUAAAUCUAAAUUAAUGAAAUUGGUUAUCAAUGAAAAGUUUACCAAAAUGAAAUCGGUCUUCUCUGCAAAGAAGGGUCAAUAUAUUCUCUUACAAGAUAUUGAAUUUCCAUCAAAAUUUACAUUGUUGGAAAAGAAUUCUUUAUUAUUAGUGGAUCAACUCUUCACCUUUUUAAAUGUCAAUAAUAAGAAUAAGGGACAUGGUGAUAGAAUUUCUAAGUGUUUCCUUGUGAUUGUUAGAUGUUUGGUUGCUGUGAGUCAAUUCCACUCUUCGGAAAAGUUAUUGGAUUUAUUCAAGAAAGUGGUGAACAAGUUUAUUGAAUUAUUUGGAUCUCAAUUCCAUGAUUCAUUGGUGGAUUUUGCUCCAAAACAUAAGCCAAGAUCUGUUCCAAAGGAAAAGGCCCUUGCACUCAUCAUUGAAUUGGAACAAAGUGUUGUAGGAGUAUUAUCAUACUUGAUUCUUGUUGAAAAACUCAAUUCAGCAAAUCACAAGGCAGGUCUCUUCUCAAAUUUAUUGGAUUAUCAGGUUAAAGCUCAAAAUGAAGAGUUAAAGUCCACUUUGUGGAAUGUAUUAGUAGAGAUUUUCAAUAAUCAUGCAUCAACUCUUGAAAUUCUGAAGAAAAAGGGUUCCAAAGAUAUCAUUUCAAAUUUAUCAGUGGAAAGUGACGAAAAAACCAAAAUAUUGAGUGUAUUCAAUUGA